AUGGGAGAACCUGAGAAAAGGGCUGCAACCCAUGGCGUCAGAUGCUUUGCUAAGAUCAAGAUGUUUCUGAUGGCAUUAACAUGUGCAUAUAUCUCCAAAUCAUUCUCAGGAGCUUAUGUGAGUUCUAUGCUCAUACAAAUAGAAAGACAAUUCGGUAUCCCCACCUCUAUAGUUGGACUCAUCAAUGGGAGCUUUGAGAUAGGAAACCUUUUGUUGAUUAUAUUCGUGAGUUAUUUUGGAAUGAAACUGCACAGACCUAUUGUGAUUGGUGUUGGAUGUGCAAUUAUGGGUCUAGGGUGUUUCAUAAUAUCACUACCUCAUUUCCUCAUGGGCAGAUACGAAUAUGAAACAACAAUUUCACCUACAAGCAACUUGUCCUCAAACAGCUUCUUGUGUAUGGAAAACAGAUCCCAGACCUUGAAGCCAACGCAAGACCCAGCAGAGUGUAUGAGAGAAAUGAAAUCAUUAAUGUGGAUAUAUGUACUGGUAGGAAAUAUUAUACGUGGAAUUGGUGAAACUCCGAUCAUACCCUUGGGCAUUUCCUACAUAGAAGACUUUGCCAAAUCUGAAAACUCUCCUUUAUACAUUGGGAUUUUAGAAACAGGAAGGAUGAUUGGCCCAAUGAUUGGACUUUUUUUUGGAUCUUUCUGUGCAAGCAUUUAUGUAGACACAGGGUCUGUGAAUACAGAUGAUUUGACCAUAACUCCCAAAGAUACACGCUGGGUCGGUGCUUGGUGGAUUGGCUUUUUGGUCUGUGCAGGCGUGAAUAUCCUGACCAGCAUCCCGUUUUUCUUCUUUCCAAAAGCACUCCCAAAGGAAGGAUUUCAGAAUAAUGUGGAUGUAACUGAAAAUGUCAGAGAUAAGAAGUUAGAAAAGGCCAAGGAGGAAAACCGAGGAAUCACUAAAGAUUUCUUUCCAUUCAUGAAGAGCCUCUGCAGCAACCCAAUUUAUAUGUUAUUCAUCCUUAUAAGUGUGCUCCAGGUCAAUUCAUUUAACAUUUCAUUUAACUUCUUUCCUAAGUACGUGGAACAAGUAUAUGGAAAAUCCAAUGCAGAAACCAUCUUCCUCAUAGGUCUUUGUACGUUACCUAUAUUAUGCGUUGGUUAUUUAACUGGUGGCUUCAUUAUGAAGAAAUUCAAGAUCACUGUCAAGAAAGCUGCAUACCUAGCAUUCUGCCUAUCUUUGUGUGAAUACAUUCUUAAUUUUGGUUACUUUCUGUUUACCUGUGAUAAUGUACCAGUUGCUGGCUUAACUAUCUCUUAUGAAAGAGUUCAGAAUCAUCUAUAUGUGGAAAAUAAUGUCCUUGCUGACUGCAACACUGGGUGUAACUGCGUAACAAAUACAUGGGAUCCAGUGUGUGGAGACAAUGGUCUAGCAUACAUGACACCCUGCCUUGCAGGCUGUGAGGAGUCUGUUGGAACUGGAGCCAACAUGGUGUUUCAGAAUUGCCACUGCAUUCGGUCAUCAGGAAACUCAUCUGCAGUCCUUGGGCUGUGCAAGAAAGGGCCUGACUGUGUUAAAAAGCUGCAGAAUUUAUUAAUCAUUACAGUAUUUCUCAGUGUCUUCUACUCACUCUCAGCCAUCCCUGGAUACAUGGUUUUUCUGAGGUGUAUCAAGUCUGAAGAAAAGUCACUUGGAGUUGGAUUACAUGCAUUUUGCAUAAGAGUAUUUGCUGGCAUUCCUGCACCUAUUUACUUUGGGGCUUUGAUAGACAGAACCUGUUUACAUUGGGGAUCUCAGAAAUGUGGAGAUCCGGGGUCAUGCAGGAUGUAUGAUGUAAAUAGCUUCAGGCACAUUUUCCUUUGGUUGAAUGCAGCACUGAGAGGAGCAAGCUAUCUCCCUUCAUUCUUCAUUCUAAUACUUCUCAGAAAAUUCCAAUUCCCUGGGGACACGGACUCUUCAGAAACUGAACUUGCAGAGAUGAAGCUCACGGAGAAGGAAAACGAGUGCACAGAUGUGCACGGAAGUCCUAAGGUCGAGAAUAUUAGAGAACUGAAAACUAAGCUGUAA